AUGUGCAGAAGUUAUUUUUGGGACGACCCAUUCCUUUUCAAGGUGGGAAAAGAUGAGAUCCUUCGGAGGUGUGUGCCUGAAGAGGAACAACUGGAUGUCCUUGCUUUUUGCCACGAGCUUCAGUGUGGGGGACAUUUUGGAGGUCGAAAGACCGCCCUUAAGGUCCUCCAAUUAGGUUUAUUCUGGCCGACCCUUUUUAAAGAUGCUUAUAUUUUUUGCAAAUCUUGUGACCGUUGUCAAAGAAUUGAGAAUAUUGGCCCAAGGAACGAGAUGCCUCUUGUAAAUAACGUUCAUGUGGAAAUGUUUUAUGUUUGGGGCAUUGAUUUAAUGGGACCAUUUCCCAAAUCUUUUGGUUUUGAGUACAUUCUUCUUGCCGUAGAUUACGUGUCCAAGUGGGUUGAGGCUAUCCCCACAAGGACAUGUGAUGCUAAAAUGGUCAUCAAGUUUUUGCAGGGUCAUGUGUUGAGCAGCCACCCCAUAUCAUCCACAGACUUCAGGCCAGGUAGAAACGAGCACAAGCAGAUCAAGACCAUUCUUGAGAAGACGGUGAACUUGUCUAGGAAGGAUUGGUCCAGUCGUCUUGAUGAUGCACUAUGGGCCCAACGCACAACUUACAAGGGAGUCUUGGGGAUGAGUCCAUUCUGGCUCGUCUACGGAAAGGCAUGCCACCUUCCGGUCGAGAUCGAGCACAAGGCUUUUUGGGCAAUGAAGCGGAUGAAUCUUGAUCUUGAUGCAGCCAGACGUGAGCGGAUGUGGCAACUAUCAGAACUUGAGGAGUUGAGGAACGAGGCUUACGAGAACUCCGAAAUUUACAAGGACAAGGUCAAAAAGCUUCACGACUCAACCAUUGUCCGAAAGAACCUUAUUCCCGGUAUGAAAGUCCUCCUAUUCAACUCCCGACUUUGUCUCUUUCCGGGAAAGCUCAAAUCAAGAUGGAGCGGUCCAUACCUUGUUGAUGAAGUAUUAACUCUUGGAGCUGUUCGACUCCGAAAUCCGGCAAAUGAUGACUUGUUCGUGAUCAAUGGACAGCGGGUGAAGCCGUACUUUGAAGGAGAAUUCGGGAAGCAACAUGUCGAGACCAUCAGUCUCGGCACACUCUUCAGACUUCACCUCAUUCGAACCCUAGCUCGUGAAGACUUGCUCACAUCCGGCCGAAUUUCCACUCCAAAGGGGGCCAACUCCGGGAUCGAGCAUCUCCAAAUUGUUCACAAGCUUGCAAGCCCUAGCCCCGCACGUCACAUGUUCGAUAAAAUACCCAAACCGAAAACCAUGGUUAAAGGUGGAGCUAAUUCAAAGAAAAAGGCCCCAGCAACUUCAAAGGGCAAAGCGGCGGCCUCCACGAGCGCCAACCCCGACCCGGCUGCCCCGGCAUUGUCCUUAGCAAAACAACACGGCAUCCCCCUUGAAGUCGUGUCAUUGGACGAGGUCAACGCGUAA